AUGGAUAUGUCCGGAUGGGUGGUAGCUGCUAUGGACGCACUCAACUAUGCGGGUGCAGUAAGCUUCACGCCAGAAACCGAUAUCCCAGCCCUGAGCGGGAAGGUCAUCUUGGUAACCGGCGGUGGGAAUGCAGGAUUAGGCAGAGAAACAGUCCUCCAGUUGGCCAAGCACAAUCCGAAGAAGAUCUUCCUCGCCGCGCGGUCAGAAGUAAAGGCAGAGGAAGCCAUCAAGUCGGUGAAAUCAUCCGUUUCAAAUGAUGUCGAAGUUGUAUGGAUACCGUUGGACUUGAUGUCAGGCAAAUCGAUCAAGAACGCAGCGGAGCAAGUAAACGCCCAGUCGUCCCGUCUCGACGUCCUAAUCCUCAAUGCGGGUGUGAUGGCUCUGCCCCCUGGUGAAACUGAAAUGGGCCACGAGAUUCAGCUCGGCACAAACCAUACCGGGCACUUUUAUCUCACCAAAUUGCUGUUGCCGACACUGCUCAAGACGGCCGAGGAGCCUGACUCGGAUGUCCGCGUCGUGUCGCUCGCUUCUGUGGGGCAUAAUUUCGCGCCGGCAUUUGAGAAAAUCUUGGAUCAAGAGAAGCUUAAGAAGGUUAGCACGACUGCUCGGUAUGGAGCGUCGAAGGCUGCCAAUAUUCUCUUCGCCGCGGAACUUAGCAGGCGAUACCCGUCAAUCACGUCGGUGGCUGUUCAUCCAGGUAUUAUUGUAACGAAUUUGUAUGACUCUUUGAAUUCACAGUCUCUGUUUGCUGCUUUGGGCUCUAAGCUUUUGCGUUUAUCUGGCUCGACAGUGCAGCAGGGCGCGUGUAACUCGCUGUGGGCUGCUGUUGGGGCGAAGAAGGAAGAGCUCAGCAAUGGAGGAUAUUAUGUGCCUGUUGGAAUUUUGAAGCGUCGAAACGAAUGGGCAUGCAAUGAGGAUAUGAGGAAGCGCUUGUGGGAAUGGACUGAGUUGGAACUCACCAAGGCCAAUCUCUGA